GGAAGACUGUACGUCGAGGGCUGUGGAAUAUCCAGGUUCUGCCUUUUUCACUUCUCAUUUUUUCUGGCAACUCUGAGCUGCUUUUUUACUCCCUCUUCUAGAGCCUGUCACUUUGCCUCAUUACUUCCGAGUGUAAAAGGAAAAGGACAAAGUAUGUUGUAUUUUUAGAUGAAUACUCUCCUGUGCAUCCGUAUCCUCUGUAAAGUCAUUAACUCUUAAUUGAGUGUCUGUAUGGUGUUUUAUGUGGAGGAGCGGCAGAGAACCUCUAAGGUCUUAGAAACUUGCUUUAUGGGAACUAUAAUGGUAGGCAAAAGAGAUGCGGUGUUGCGUGAAGCAGCCUGUUACAGGUGUGUUGCAAUAGCUGAGGAGUGUGAUGCAGCAGAGUCUAAGCGACUUCGUUCACAGUAAAAGCUGGGGAUGAGAAGAAAGAAAGGAGAUCUUUGUUCCGCAUUGCUGUGUUUUGAAGUGAGGCUCAAAAGCUGUAUGAGACUAGAUAGGAGGAAACAGCAGAUUGUUUUUGCUGUGUUCUCUUUCCACGUUUUCUAAAUUCUGAAUUGCUGGUGUAUUUUGAACACUACAUGACUGGAUCAGUUUGGGGAGCUUUGUGGAUUACUUCUACACACUUGGUCAAGAACUAUAUUAUGGUUGACAAUUGCAUUUUUUGCACUCUCCGGGCUGGAUAUGUUGGAUUCCUUAGAUGUGGUGAACAAAGAUGAUAUAAUAGAGUGGAUUUACUCCCUGCAGGUCCUUCCCACAGAAGACAGAUCAAAUCUAAAUCGCUGUGGUUUCCGAGGCUCUUCAUACCUGGGUAUUCCAUUCAAUCCAUCAAAGACUCCUGGGACAGCUCAUCCUUAUGAUAGUGGCCACAUUGCAAUGACCUACACUGGCCUUUCAUGCUUAGUUAUUCUUGGAGACGACUUAAGCCGAGUAAAUAAAGAAGCUUGCUUAGCAGGCUUGAGAGCCCUUCAACUGGAAGAUGGGAGUUUUUGUGCAGUACCCGAAGGCAGUGAAAAUGACAUGCGAUUUGUGUACUGUGCUUCCUGUAUUUGCUAUAUGCUCAACAACUGGUCAGGCAUGGAUAUGAAAAAAGCCAUCACCUAUAUUAGAAGAAGUAUGUCCUAUGACAAUGGACUGGCACAGGGAGCUGGACUUGAAUCUCAUGGAGGAUCUACUUUUUGUGGCAUUGCCUCACUAUGUCUAAUGGGUAAACUAGAAGAAGUUUUUUCAGAAAAAGAAUUGAACAGGAUAAAGAGGUGGUGUAUAAUGAGGCAACAAAAUGGUUAUCAUGGAAGACCUAAUAAGCCUGUAGACACCUGUUACUCUUUUUGGGUGGGAGCAACUCUAAAGCUUCUAAAAAUUUUCCAAUAUACUAACUUUGAGAAAAAUAGAAAUUACAUCUUAUCAACUCAAGAUCGCCUCGUAGGAGGAUUUGCCAAGUGGCCAGACAGUCAUCCAGAUGCUUUGCAUGCAUACUUUGGGAUCUGUGGCUUGUCACUAAUGGAGGAAAGUGGAAUUUGUAAAGUUCAUCCUGCUCUGAAUGUAAGCACACGGACUUCUGAACGCCUUCUAGAUCUCCAUCAAAGCUGGAAAACCAAGGACUCUAAACAAUGCUCAGAGAAUAAACAUUCAGAAUUUGGACUGGCAUGAUGUUAUAGCUUUACUUCAAAGACUAGUGGAACUUCUACUUCCAACUGAGAUGGAGUAACAGGACUGGAUUUUCCUCCUUUCUUAAAAGAAAGAAUAAUACCUGGAUUAAGUAUAUAAACCAGUGGUUAUCAAGACAUUGAACAUAAGGCAAUGGAAAGUGAACCCUGAGAGACAGAGAAAAAAUAAGGUAAGCUCAUGAUUGCCCAACUUAGUGCCUAGAGAAUUUCUAGGCCCUAAUACAGGGAUAAGAACCCCAGAUGGAGAAGGUGAAACUAAGGGUUCUGUAGUCCAAAGUGGCUAUAGUUCACAAGGCAAAGUGUCAGGAGAAAGAUGAACAGAGAGUGUAUAUGGAUAUCUGCAAGGCAUCCUUUUUGAGUAUUCAGUGUGUGUGGGAAGAAGACUACCCAAGACCAGAGAGGAAAGAAAAGAACAUUAUGUACAGCUUACCCAGGUCCAGAAAUAGUUUCUGUUCCAACCAGACUGACUGGAAAACUUCCAAACUCAGAGAAUUGAGAACACUCCAAAUGAUCUUGCCUCAGUAGUGGCAAUAAUUAGCUAUUGACUAAAUGCUACUCUAGUUCCACCUAAUAAAUCUCAAAAAUAAGCCCCCAAACACCCAAGCUGUUUUCAGGCAAUUUAGCUACAUCCCAGAAAGAAGCUUAAAAAUAUUUGUAGAAAUAUAGAAAUAUCCAGGACUCAACAAGGUAAAACAAUGUCUGGCAUUAAGUCAAAAAUUAUCAGACAUAAAGUGUAGAAAAAUAUGACCCCAAAUGGGGAGGGAAAUUGAUCAAUAGAAACUGACCCAGAAAUGACACAGAUGGUAGUAUUAGAAGACAAGGACAUAAACAUAGUUAUUUUUCUAUAUUCCAUAUGUUAUAAAAGCUAGAAGAAAGAUUCAACAUAUUAAGUGGAGACAUGAAAAAUAUGAAAAAGACCCAAAUCAGUCUUCUAUGUGAAAACUGUUGUGUCUGAGAUUGUUUAAAUACACUGAUGGUAUUCUCAGGAUAUUAGAUAUUGCAGAAGAAAGGGUUAGUGGAACUGAAGGCAUAGCAAUAGAAACUAUGUAAAAUGAAAUGGGGAGAAAUUUUUUUGUAAGUGAAAACAACCUCAACCUACCAAGCAGUCUAGUGUACAUGUUAUUGGAGUUUCAAAAGAAUAUUUGAAAUAGCUAAACUGUUCUCAAAUUUGACUAAAAAGUGUAAGUCCACAGAUCCAAGAAUUCUACAGACUCCAUGCACAAGAAACAAAUUGCUCAAAGUCAGUAAUAAAAAGAAAAUUUUAAAAACAGCCAGAGGAAAAAUACGUUAUAUAUAGAGCAAAGUAUAAAGAUUUAUCAUCAGAAACAAUGCAAGUGAGAAAACAGUGGUAGAGCAUCUUUAAAGUACUAAAAGAAAUAAACUGUUAGCCAUGAAUUUUAUACCCAGUGAAGACAUCUUUUUAAAAGACUAUAGAAUGAAAAAGAAGAAAAAAGAGACUAUGUAACAAGUAUGGCAAAAUAUUGUUAAUAGUUCUAUCUGUGGUCUGCAUGAAUGGGCAACCAUUAUACCAUUAUCUCUGUUUGAAAACUCUGAUAACUACAAAGUUUUGAAAAGAUUAAUUUGAUUUUGUUAGACUCCAGGCUCUCAUCAUUCUCAAUUUUACCACUUUCUUGGGUUUUACACAGGACUGCUUCUCACACUUCUGUUACUUGGCUGGCCCCUGAAGGCUUUUAAGUUUAUGUAACAGCUUGAGUUUUGAACUGAUUAUAUCUAAACAUCUAUCCACACGAUGAAAGGUUAGUUUCAUUAGAAUCACCUAGUAAAUUUAUAAAACAUACAGAUUCCAAGGGCUCACCUCUGAAGCUUUUUAUUCAGAAGGCUAUGGUGAGGAUAGAAAAUUUUUUUAAGCUCCACAGGUAAUAGUGAUAGAAGCCAAGUUUAGGAAUCACCAUAUUAAAUAGUUUGUAAAGCCCCUUCUAACAUGGAGAGUCCAUGAUCUUAAGGUGACUUCAGGCUGAUAAUUAUUGUACUACGUAUAUUAUGCAUCUUAAAUGGUGGCUUGAAGCAGUGUCUUUAAGAGGCAGUUAAAUUUCUGUCAAAAGUAUUCUCUUCCUAGGAGGUUCAUCAGUAAUAGAAAGCCUGAAGAUU